AAUCAUAGAAUUCUAAGCUCUUCAUACUCCUUUAUAUAAACUUUAGUUCAUUCCAAGAAAACCCAGAAAGAAAAACAAGCCAACCAUGGAGAAGAAUGACUCCAUGGAGAAAGAUGAUACAAGUAAGAUUACUUACAGAGGAUGGAAAGCAAUGCCCUUCAUCAUAGGAAAUGAGACUUUUGAGAAGCUUGGAGCAAUUGGGACUUUAUCAAAUCUCUUGAUCUAUCUCACUACUGUCUUCAACAUGAAGAGUAUUACAGCUGCCACUAUAAUUAAUAUCUUUAAUGGUACCACAAAUUUUGGUACCUUUAUUGGAGCUUUCUUAUGUGACACUUACUUUGGCCGCUACAACACAUUGGGAUUUGCUACUUGUGCAUCUUUUCUGGGGUUGCUUGUAAUACAAUUAACAGCAGCAAUCUCUAAGCUUCAUCCUCCCCACUGUGAAGCAGUAGAGAGUAACAAUUGCAAAGGACCAACAGCAGGGCAAAUGGCUUUUCUACUAACUGGAUUUGGCCUACUAAUAAUCGGAGCAGGCGGUGUUCGUCCUUGUAACUUAGCAUUUGGAGCAGACCAAUUCAACCCCAAUACAGAAUCUGGGAAAAGAGGAAUAGACAGCUUUUUCAAUUGGUACUUCUUUACUUUCACUUUUGCACAAGUGAUUUCACUAACCUUUGUUGUCUAUGUUCAAUCCAACGUCAGCUGGGCUAUUGGUUUAGGAAUCCCAGCAGCUCUGAUGCUUAUUGCUUGCUUAGUCUUCUUCUCGGGUUCGAGAAUAUACGUUAAAGUGAAAGCAUCUGGGAGUCCAUUAACCAGUGUAGCACAAGUCAUAGUGGUUGCAAUCAAGAAGAGAAAGUUAAAUCAUGUUCACCAACCUUGGCUCACCCUUUACAACUAUAUUCCUCCUAAGUUCAUGAAUUCCAAGCUCGCUUACACCGACCAAUUCCGAUUCCUUGACAAAGCAGCUAUCAUGACUCCUCAAGACCAGAAAAACCCAGAUGGAUCACCAGCUGAUCCAUGGAUACUUUGCAGUAUGCAACAAGUAGAAGAAGUUAAGUGCCUGCUGAGAGUAAUUCCUAUCUGGGCUUCAGCUGUUAUUUACUAUGUAGCCAUUGUUCAACAACAUACUUACGCAGUCUUCCAAGCACUUCAAACUGAUAGGCAUCUUGGAGGUAGUAAAUUCCAAAUCCCAGCUGCCUCCUACUAUGUCUUCCUCAUGCUGAGCUUGACCAUUUUCAUACCCAUCUACGAUCGAGUCAUUGUCCCAUUCCUUCGAAGAAUAACAGGAAAAGAAAAUGGCAUAACCAUCCUCCAAAGGAUGGGAAUUGGCAUAUUCAUAUCAGCAAUCACCAUGUUUGUUUCAGGCAUUGUCGAGGAACGAAGAAGGACAAUAGCUCUUACGAAGCCAACUUUAGGAGUUGUACCGAGGAGAGGCAAGAUUUCGUCAAUGUCAGGCUUAUGGUUGAUCCCUCAGCUCGCACUAGCCGGACUAGCAGAGGCUUUUGGUUCAAUUGGCCAAGUUGAAUUCUACUACAAACAAUUCCCAGAAAACAUGAGGAGCAUAGCAGGGUCUCUUUUCUUUUGUGGAAUGGCUGGUUCGAGUUACUUGAGUACCUUGUUGAUAUCGAUAGUUCAUAGAACAACAAAAGGAGCUAAAACCGGAAACUGGUUAUCAGAAGAUCUUAACAAGGGCAGAUUGGAUUACUAUUAUUACUUGAUUGCUGGUUUGGGAAUGUUGAAUUUAUGCUACUUCUUGGUAUGUGCAAAGUGGUACAAAUACAAAGGAGGUAACAAUUGUACCUUUGAGGCCAAUACAGAAUCAACAAAGCAGUCUGAUAUAUAAUACAAAAAUUCAGUAUUGUAGCUCUAUACUGGUUUUCAUAAAGAACCCAUUAGUAUUUUCAGUCUUAGGAUCUGUUUUCAUGGUGUUCUACAGUUAAAAAAGAGGUAUUUUCAUGAUGAGAUUGGAACUUUAAUGGUUAAUUAUCUUUUUCUCAAGCUCA